AUGGCGAAUUCGGAUUGGAAGCGGUUGUUUCCCGAAGCCACUCUAACUUCGCUUACGGCUCCAAUGUCAGAUCACGUCCCGCUUCUGUUGAUGUGUAAGGGUGGUUUAUCUUUGUCUAAUUCUCAAAGAUUCAGGUUUGAAAAUAAAUGGUGCCUUGAGCCAAAUCUUCCUAAUGUGAUUCGAGACUUUUGGUUGAAUUUGCAUGGGGUAACUGUCACAGAUCGUCUCACGGCGAUGUCAGAAUCUUUAUCUAUCUGGGCUUUGUAUAAUUGUCGCAACUCUAAUCGCUCUAAGAAAGAUUUGCAGAAUCAGAUCUCUAUUAUCCAAGGUAAACGUGAUUCGGGGUCUAUCGCUAAAUUGUUUAAAAUUCGUAAGGAAUUGGCUGAUGUUUUGUUGCGUGAAGAAGUUCACUAG